AUGGAGCAAUACCAAAGAGCGCUUGAGAUCUACUUGAAGACACUUGGACAGGACCAUCCCGAAACUGCAACAACAUAUCACAACAUUGGAACCGUCUUGAGCAAUCAAGGCAAGUACGAAGACGCAACGGAGCAAUACCAAAGGGCGCUUGAGAUCAGAUUGAAGACACUUGGACCAUACCAUUCCUUGACUGCAGCAACAUAUCAAGAGAUUGGAACCGUCUUGCAAGAUCAAGGCAAGUACGAGGAAGCAAUGGAGAAAUACCAAAGGGCGCUUGAGAUCAGAUUGAAGGCACUUGGACCGGACCAUUCUUUGACUGCAACAACAUAUCACGGCAUUGGAACCGUCUUGCAAGAUCAAGGCAAGUACGAUGAUGCAAUGGAGCAAUAUCAAAGGGCACUUGAGAUCGAAUUGAAGGCACUUGGACCAGACCAUUUGGAGACUGCAACAACAUAUCACAGCAUUGGAAACGUCUUGCGAGAUCAAGGCAGGUACGAGGACGCCAUGGAACAAUACCAAAGGUCUCUUGAGAUUGAAUUGAAGACACGUGGACCGGACCAUUCCAAAACUGCAACAAAAUAUUGCAACAUGGGAACCGUCUUGCACUAUCAAGAAAAGUACGAGGAUGCAAUGGAGCCAUACCAAAGGGCGCUUGAGAUCUACUUGAAGACACUUGGACCGGACCAUUCCGAUACUGCAACAACGUAUCACUGUAUUGGAAACGUUUUAUACAAUCAAGGCAAGUACGAGAACGCACUGGAACAAUACCAAAGGGCGCUUGAGAUCAAACUGAAGACACUUGGACCGGACCAUUCCGAUACUGCAGACACUUAUCACGGUAUCGGAAACGUUCUGGAAUAUCAAGGCAACCAUACAAACGCUGCAAUACCAUAUAAACAGAUUGGAGACGUUCUUCAGCAUCAAGGAAAACAUGAUGAAACAAGGGAUCGAUUCCUACAAGCUCUUGCUAUUUUUUGCAAAAACCUUGGAGAAAAUCAAUGGAGAGGAGUUGCCAUGCUCUACAAUUCCAUGGCCAAAGACUCGGCGCAGAGAGGUGACCAAGACGAUGCCGUGGAUCUUUUGAACAAGGCGGUCGAGAUUAAGUUGAAGAAUGCAAGAGAGGACCACCCAAAUCUUGCCAUGAUCUACAUCACCAUAGCUGACGUAUUAUUGAAGACUCUGCCGUCAUAG